AUGGCCACCGGUUCCGAAUUGCCACGCCGGUUGAAGGGACUCCCUCGAAGUGGAAGGCCAAUCAAAUUGACGGCUCCGGUACCGGAAGCGGUGGUUCCAGCCCAGGGAACCGGAUUUUAUAACACCACAAAGAUAACGGAGUCCAGGAACGUGUUGGUGAGCAGACCAAGAACUGGAAUUUCUCUUGGUCAAGCUCAAGAACCAUCAUGCCCGAAAGAAACAAAUAUGACAGCAAUAAUUACCCUGGAAAAGCGACUAAGUAGAAACGACUCUUUCAUGUUAAAUUUCAUAAGCAAACCUGAAGAAGAGCAGCAAUUGUACCAAAGGAAUUCCACAGCAGUGGAGCCAAGUCUUGAAACAGCUCUCUCUUCUAUUAAAUACAGACAAGACAGUGCAUAA